AUGGCAGAGAAGAAGUCAAAGGAGAGUAAAGGGGAAGAAAAAAGAAAAGAAAAGAAAAGGACAGGGCAUGACAUGAUGAUGUUGUACAUGUUGGUCAAUAAACCUGGGAAUGGAAGCAGUGAAGUGAUGGAUCUAGAAGGGGAGACGGGUGAAGACGAAGAAAAGCGGAUAAAAAUGGUCGAAGAGAAGAAGAAGAAGAAGAAGAAGAAAAAAGAAGAAGAAGAGAAAAGAAGUAAUAAAGAAGAAGAAAAUAAAAUAAGAUAUGAUAUGAUAAAAGCGUGCGACGCAGGGAACUUUUCAGCAGACGGCCAACCCAUACAAGUACAAAAGAAAAGGAAAAGAAAGAAAAGAGAGUUCAAGAUUGAAAAGAAAAGGAAAGUAGAAGAAGAUACCGUAUGCUCCAGUCUGAGUGAGAAAGACAGCAAGGAAAAAAAGGAGUCAAAGCGAAAGGGUGAGCAUGGGCGGAUCAUUAGAUGCCCAAACAGUAAUAAGUCGAAGGGAGGGGAAGGGGAGGAGGGAUUAAAGAAGAAAAAAAAGGGAGAGGGCAACGCAAGACAACACACAGCGCAACAGAACGAGGGGAAGGAAGAACAUGAAGAACCGCCCUUCAAGAGCAAACGCAGACGUUAG